AUGCUGGGUUUGGGCUCUCCCCUCUCUGCUGCGGCUCCUCCCGGGCAGCGGCUGCUUGGGAGGGGCAGCCCCAGUCCGCCUCCCUGCUGCCCCGGCCGCUCGGCUCUGCUCCCGGCACCCGCGGAGGAGGCGGGCCCGGCAGGCGGCGGCGGCUUCUUUCGGUUUCGAUUCCGGAGCCGAUCCGGGGGCGGAGCGCGGCGGCUGCUGGGGGCCGGGGGAAGCCGCUGCAAGGAAACGAAACUGGGGCCGAGCCGGCUGACUGCGGAGCCGGAGCAGGGAGCCGCUGUCACUGUCCCGCCGCCCUCCGAGCGCCGUCCCCAGUCAGGCGGUUGUGCCGAAAUGGCAGAAUAUUAUGUUAAGCCACAGUUGUACAAGGGAAAACUUCAUGAAUAUUGUCAAAAGAAUAAAUUACAACUUGAGUAUAAGGAUGUCAAAGUGGAAGGCCCUCCUCAUGAUCGUGUGUUCACUGUCAUGGUUGUAAUAGGUGACAGAGAGUAUCCUGUAGCUACAGGUAAAAACAAGAAAGAGGCAAAAGAAGAGGCCGCAAAGGCAGCAUGGGAUAGCAUAGCACAGGAAAAUCAAACUAAACAGGCUUCACUCCCACAAACUCCGCAGCCGCAACCGCCGCAACCAUCGCCGCCGCCACCAUCACUGCCAAUAGCGUUUUCAUCAUUGGAAGAGAUACAGCCACUUGACUAUAUCUCCAUGCUUACCAAAUAUGGACUAAAACAUAACAUAAUGAUUGACUAUAAAUUAGAAGAUGAAUCUGGACCCCCCCAUAAAAAAACAUUUUCUUAUAGCUGUAAAAUUGGUGAUAAGAUUUAUGGUGAAGGCACUGGAAAUGAUAAAAAAGCUGCAAGACAGGCUGCUGCAAAACGUGCAUAUGAGCAGUUAAGAUCUCAAGAAACGUCAGGGGCAGGGAGACACGCAGCUGUUGCCAGUUCUGCAGAUAGUCUACUUAGUAAUUCUAGUGGAAUGUCAAGCUGGUCAUCUGCAAAUGGUACUGAUUCUGCAUCUAAAAAUAUGAAUUCAGAUGGGAGCUUGGUAAAUAAAAUGAAUGACCUGAAAGUAGGUGAAGAUUGUUCAUCUUCUGGGGCAACUCCCAAAAAUGCUGCCAUGAAACCUAAGAGAAGAGAGAUCGCAACUAAGUUGGCACCCUCAUUCUCAGGUCAGAAGGCCAAGUACACUAAGGAUGAAAGACUUACCAAGGAUUUUGAAGAGAUAGAGCCAGUUGGCAGCGGUGGAUUUGGGAAUGUUUUCAAAGCAAAACAAAUUAUUGAUAAGAAGAACUAUGCUGUCAAACGAGUCAUGUGUAGCGAUAAAGUACAGCGUGAGGUACAAGCACUAGCAGAGCUUGAGCAUGAAAACAUCAUACGGUAUUACACCUCUUGGACUGGGAAAGACUAUCUCAAUUUUGAGAACAGUUCAAGCCUUUCAAGACCGAGGCCAGAUUUGCUAUGUGAUUGCCUUUUUAUCCAAAUGGAAUUCUGUGAGAAAGGAACACUGGAGGGCUGGAUUAAUGAAAAGAGAGGGACGGAAAAUUACCAGACUGAGUCUCUCAUCAAAUUUAGACAAAUAGUGACAGGAGUGGAAUAUAUUCAUUCUAAAGGGUUUAUUCACAGAGACCUCAAGCCCCUCAACAUAUUCAUAUCUAGUAAAGAUAAAAUAAAAAUAGGUGACUUUGGACUUGUAACUUCAAUGACAGAUGACCUACGGACAACAGAAAAAGGAACAAGAUCAUAUAUGAGCCCAGAACAGGCUGGAGACAAAUAUGGACAGGAAGUGGAUAUAUUUGCACUAGGAUUAAUUCUCUUUGAAAUUCUUUGGAUAUUUUCCACUGACGCUGAAAAAUUUAAGGAGUGGCACAAAAUAAGAGAAUGUGUAUUUCCAGAGGAGUUCAGCAAGAACUUUCCAUUAGAGAAAUACAUAAUUGAGCAAUUGCUCUCAAAAGACGUUGCAAAGAGACCUUCAGCAUCUGAUGUAUUGAAGCAUUUGAAGCUUGUUGCUAAAAAGAACCCAAAGAACGCACAUACAUGUUAGGCACCCUAUCUCUAAAGGAACAACAUAAGCUCUGUUUUGGUCCAGAAUUUGACACCCCCCCUCCCUUAAAAUUGCUGAAAU